GACAAAAAAAAAUCGAACCAAUCUAGUUAGGGUUUUUUUUUUUUUGAAUCUCUCUCAAUGUCCAUGGAUCUCUGUUUAAGCACCGAGCCCGAGGUGAUGCAAACCAUGGAUGCAUCUUUCACGGAUCUGUCUUCGCUUUGUGGCCAAAAACGCAAGGCCGAAACAAUUUUACCGGCGGACGAAGAAGAAGAAGAAGAAGAAGAAAGCGGGAAAGGUGAGGAGGAGAGUAACAGUGAAAGCGAUGACCAGGUUUGGGGUUUCGAUAGUUUCGAUGGCUCAGACUACGAGUCGCCUGAGGAGCCUCCCGCGGAUGAAAAGGAAUUUGAGUUUCGUCGAUACGCACGCCAUUAUCACGAGAGCCAGGGUUUUAAGGUGGAUGACGAUAUGAUUCCUAAAUCUCUUCAUCGUCGUCAUGGAGGAUUACGCGGUGUCGAUCUCGAUGCCCACUACGUGGAGCCCCUCACGGGGCGUGACUACAUGGAGAUUAUGGCCAAUGUCGCUAUUGCCAAAUACAACCAAGUUGAGAAAAAGACUGUUACGCUUGAUCGUAUCGUGAGGGCCGUGGACAAUCUUGCCACUAGUAUCAAAGCUUAUAUUACUUUCAUGGCUAAGGAGUCUCCUCAAGGGGAACUUGUUGAGUAUCAAGCCAAGGCUGAGCGUAAGCCAUGGCAAAGAAAUAUUCAUCCCAUCUUUUGCAGACCUUCUUCAGCUCUUAAAAAAGAUUGAUGGUGUCGUUGAGCGCUCCCAAUGCCCCAGGCCAGGUGGAUUAAGUAGUUGUUUUUUUCUGCUGAAAUAAUUAACCUUCUCGAAGAUUUCAUAUUUUUAUAAUUUAGAACUCUACUUAUGUCUGUCUCUGUAAGGUUUAUAAUGACUGGGUGAUUAAUUAUUUAAAAGUCAAUU